UUUGGUCUUUUCAGUUGCCCUCCGGCUUCCACGAGAAUUCUCCUCUCUCUCUCUCUCUCUCUCUCUCUCUCUCUCUCCCCUUCUCCCCUCUCAAGCAGAAGCAAUCAGCCCCUUUGCUUCUUCCCUGAUUCGGAUCUCUGGUUGGAGCCGUCUUGAACUCGUGAAUCCGUUCCGAUCGCCGGAACCCCCUUCUCCGCCCGUAAUUUGGAUACGCUGGUCCUAAUCAUAUAACACUGCCAAACCCAGAGUCCGGUCUCCGCUUAUCUAGCCGCGGUCUAGCCACGAUUUGGGAUUCCUCCUCCCUAUCUUUGCUCUCGCUUCGUCGCUUGAAUGUCUCUCAGAAAAGAGUACGGUGAUUCCAACACCUAAAGCAGUGAAGGUCUGAACUGAAAACAAAAUUAUGGAAGGAGCACAUGUUCCUCUGAAGGGAUGGCAACAAGCAGCAGUUGCUCUCGGUUCAGCUCUCGGUGCCUUGAUGGAUCCUAGAAGAGCGGACUUGAUAGCUGCGCUAGGUGAGACCACUGGUAAGCCAGCUUUUCAGCGGGUUCUCCAACAGAUGAAGAAUAGCAGUGAAGGCAAAGAAGUUCUUUUAGAGCGCCCACAUGUGGUAUCUGCACAAGUGUCACAUGCCUGGGACUUACCGGAAAGCACAUUUGGCUCAGCUUAUGCACGAUUCAUGGGAUCAAGGAACUUCUCCCCAGAUGACCGCCCACCAGUUCGAUUCAUGGACACAGAUGAGCUGGCAUACGUGGCCACACGUGCUCGUGAGGUGCAUGACUUCUGGCAUGUGCUAUUUGGCCUUCCCACAAACUUGAUAGGUGAGUCUGCUCUUAAGGUGAUCGAGUUUGAGCAAAUGUUUGUUCCGAUGUGUGCCUUGUCGGUCAUCGGAGGCUCAUUACGGUUCAGCAGAAAGCAAAGGGCACUCUUUUUCCAACACUAUCUUCCUUGGGCUGUUAAGGCAGGUGUGGCGUGCACAGAUCUGAUGUCUGUGUACUACGAGAAGCACUUUCACGAGAACCUGGAGGAUGUGCGCAGGAAAUGGGGUAUAAUCCCCUGUCCUGAUCCUAAAGGAAAAAACCAGGGUAGUAUUUGAUUGCUCUUCCCGGUGCCCUAUCAUUACUUUGCAUCCAUGUACAGCAAACACCUUGGAAACAAAGAAUUCCACCAACUGGGAUAAUUAUCAUCAAGAGUUUUGACAUUGGAAAAAUGGAUGUUGUUCAAUCAGUGUUAUUACUUUGAAAAUGUAUCUUAUUGCCACUUUACCUUUAGCAAAAUUUAUUCUUGCCAAUAGAUAUGGAUGUCUUCUUCUCCCUGCCAUGCAGCAGCAGAUAGUAUACUGAAAAAGUUCAAAGUUAACAGCCAGUGUGUAAGAAACUAUCAUAUGUAGGUAAACAAUUUUACUGGA